AAGUUUUGUAUCGAAAAUGGCAAUAUCCAAAACAUUUUAUUGUCAGUUGGCUGACGUUUGUGGCCACAUACUUAUCAUAUUAGCGAACUGGUGCGUGACCAUGUCCUUCGUGGAAGCAAACAUGUGGCAUUUUACUGCACCAGGCACUAGUGGUUUCUCAUUGUGGGCGGCCGCUCUAUUCGUUUCAUGCACGUGUAUCACUCCCCUGUUUGUGUGUAUUACCGCCUUAAGAAACCACCGACCGAAUCCGGAGGUAAUUUUUACUUUAUCAACAUUCGCACCAUGCGUUUUACUGGUGGUUUCAAGUGAAACUCUUGGCGAAUCACCUUCAGCAAGAACAUGGUUGUUGGGAACCGCUGUAGCCUUAAUACCGUUCGUCACAAUGUGGGUUGUCACGAAACCAACUCAAGGUUCAUUUCAAAGGAACACAAUGUUCAACAGGUUUUCAUGCAGUGGGGUAAUAGCAAACUGUUGUAUAACAAAGGAAGAAAAUAAAUGGAAAGGAAAUGAACGUCUUGCUGAUGAAUUUCUCGCCGCUGUUUUUUUGGUUAUGAUGGUUCGAUGGUGUUCGUCGUCAAUGAAUGUUUUUUACGAGACCUGGCAAGCUCCUUCUAUUCUUUUGAUGUUUGUUCUUGCACAUAGAGUUCCAAUUUAUGUCAUACAAACCAGGUCUCGUUGUUCGGCAGUUCGUACAGACAAUCCGUCGCGAAAAUCCACAGGUUCGACUGUCGCGGAGAAUAGUGAAGUGACUUACAGCAGAUCUGAAAAGGUUGUCAGUUUCGAAAAAACAAGAAAUCCACCUGAUGUGACGAUAAAAUCGUAUUUUUCUGAAACAUCGACUGCCUACGUUUCCAAUACUUUUGAAAUCGAAAAUCCAAAAUGUUACACUGCUUGUUACCAAAUGUUGGUACUAUGUGUUUCAAUGGUUACCGGGUUAGCGAUUGGAGCUAUUUUAAUGGUAUUUCUAUGGAUUUUUAGUUCUCCUUCCUUGCCAUGCCGACUUGGAGAAAAAUCGCCUUAUCCCAAUGGAGUAAUUAUUCUGGUAUUGUUUGCAAUUGGCGUCGUAAUCGGAGUAGCGAGACCAUGGAAUAUGAUCUCGACAAACCAAGGGAAAAAAUGUUCUUCGUCUUUUCAGAUUCUACGAAAUAAACGUCUUGCGCCGAUAAGUUUAACUGCGUUGAUCACAAUUUUGCUGGCGUCUGCUUCUGCCAUGAUUAUACACGGAGGACAACUUGGUUUAGCCUUUCCUGGUUCGUGUCUUAUUUGCCUAAUCCUUCCUACGACGUUGGUGAUAAGUUUUGAUGCAUGCUGGGUUAUUUUUCGCUUCCAGGAAAAUACAGUUUUUUUUAAUCUAUUACCGGGAAUCGUAGCUUGGUUCACUGGCCUCGGUUUCACUCUUCUCCAUAUAGCAUUCAUUCUGUUUAUCAAUCCAAAGAUUUCUCUCAUAUUUUUUGGAAGAAUGGAUGUGAUUCUUGGUUUAAAAAUCGCGCUUGUUAGCUCUGCAUCUAUUUUAUCAAUCUUGAUUGAUACCAGACUGCAUCCAAAGCAGAUGAGUCCUUCUAUUACCAACAAACUUGCUCCUUCCUCUUGUUCCGAGUAUAUCAAAGGAAAAUGUCGGAAUAACAUCAAACCAGUAAUUAUCGUCGCAAUCACAUUAUUUGUUUUGUGCGUUGGAUUGGCUGUUGGUACAAGCCUUUCUUCCCAUCAAUGUCAGAUCCAACACCAGGAGACGAUGAAACAAUUUACAAAGCGCGAAUAUCCAAGAUUUAGUCAAGACACGCUGAUUGUGACAUCCUGGAACGUUCAGUUCGGCCACGAUUUAAACGGGCGGGAUAACCUGCCAUGUAUUUACACUAUUCUUAACAAGAUGCAGCCAGAUAUUAUUGGCCUUCAAGAAUCGGAUGCGCUUCCCGCAUAUUGGGGAGGAAAAGAUAUACUGGCAUAUUUGAAAAAUUCACUUGAUGGAAUGAAGGAAUAUCCUGGUGUUCAUCCAUUAAAAUCAAGUUUGGGCGUUGGGAUACUUACCAAACGUAACGUCAUAAAUCACACAGCACAUAUACUACCUUCAGAUAAAAAGAAUAGAAAAUUGCCGCACUAUACCAUGACACAUACUGAGUUCCGUCUUAAUACCAGCACUACGUCAAAUCUGACUCUUCACGUUUUUAAUUUACAUGGAGUCUUUAAAAAUUGGACGAGUCCUCCACUCUCAAACAUGUCUCGUAUUCAACUCGAGUGGAUUGCGGAUGAAGUGCGCAAGCUAGACACUUAUGUCCCAGUGAUAGUAAUGGGCGAUUUUAAUCUGAACCCAUUUGAACCAGAACUGAAUAUUUUGAGAACCGAUCUAGAUCUUAAAUGUUCUGUUCAUUUCGGAAUGGAUCCACAUUUGUAUGAAUCAACUUUGUUGAACCGUUUUGCUGUGGUUGACCAUAUAUUUUAUCGAGGGCUUCGACUACUUGACAGUCAUACUUUAAAUGAAACAGGAACAAUUUCCGACCACCAUCCUGUAUAUGCUCGAUUCUCUUUAUUAAGUUGAACAAAUGUUUUUUGUUUUGCUAUAAUAGGCGCCAAGAAUCAACCAUUUCGAAGUGUUAAUGGCCUUUGUACAGAAUACAUCCACUUCCACUGUGAACUUUACUUGAUCCGCGGGUUACUUAGAAUGUUGCAGUAAAUUGCGAUUUAAUAAGUUGCAGGAGAUGUUUUAUUUGCUUUUAAUCUAAAACCUAACGUAUUUUUACGUAGUGCGACUUUGAUAAUUACUUUUCAUGUAGUUUUAAUAUUUUAUUUUACUGUUACUUUUAAAAUUGUUUUUUAAAAUUCUGACAAAAUAUCUAAAUAAUGAAAAAGGUCUGAGUAAUAUGCUCUAUAUGUAAGCGGGCAGCAAUAGAUAAUAAACAUCUGUACUCUGGA